CAGGACUUAGUGACAUUCAAGGAUGUGGCAAUAGAUUUUUCCCAGGAAGAAUGGCAAUGGAUGAACCCUGCUCAGAAGCAUUUAUACAGGAGUAUGAUGUUGGAGAACUAUCAGAGCCUGGUAUCACUUGGUCUUUGCAUUUCUAAGCCAUGUGUGAUCUCCUUAUUGGAGCAAGGGAGAGAGCCUUGGGAGAUGACAAGUGAGAUGACAAGAAGCCCCUUCUCAGAUUGGGAAUCUAUAUAUGAGACACAGGAAUUACCUCUGAAGCAGUUCAUGUAUGAUGAUGCAUGCAUGGAGGGAAUUACAAGCUAUGGACUUGAGUGUUCCACUUUUGAAGAAAACUGGAAAUGGGAAGACCUUUUUGAGAAGCAGAUGGGAAGUCACAAUAUUUUUAGCAAGAAAGAAACAAUCACUCAUAAAGAAACCCUCACUAAGGAAACAGAAUUCAAAUAUACUAAAUAUGGGAAAUGUAUCCAUCUGGAAAACAUAGAAGAGAAUAUUUAUAAUCACACAUCAGAUAAAAAAAGCUUCUCCAAAAAUUCUAUGGUAAUAAAACACAAGAAAGUCUAUGUAGGAAAGAAGCUUUUUAAAUGUAAUGAAUGUGACAAAACCUUCACCCAUAGCUCAUCCCUUACUGUUCAUUUUAGAAUUCAUACUGGUGAAAAACCAUAUGAAUGUGAGGAAUGUGGAAAAGCCUUCAAGCAAAGGCAACACCUUGCUCAACAUCACAGAACACAUACUGGAGAGAAACUCUUUGAAUGUAAAGAAUGUAGGAAAGCCUUCAAACAAAGUGAACACCUUAUUCAACAUCAAAGAAUUCAUACUGGAGAAAAGCCAUAUAAAUGUAAGGAAUGUAGAAAAGCCUUCAGACAGCCUGCACACCUUGCUCAGCAUCAGAGAAUUCAUACUGGAGAGAAACCCUAUGAAUGUAAAGAAUGUGGCAAAGCCUUCAGUGAUGGCUCAUCUUUUGCUCGCCAUCAGAGAUGUCACACUGGGAAAAGACCCUAUGAAUGUAUUGAGUGUGGGAAGGCUUUUAGUGUUCACAUAGGACUUAUUCUGCAUAGGCGAAUUCAUACAGGAGAGAAACCUUACAAAUGUGAUGUGUGUGGAAAAACCUUCAGCUCUGGUUCAUCCCGUACUGUACAUCAGAGAAUUCACACAGGAGAGAAACCUUAUGAAUGUGAUAUAUGUGGGAAAGAUUUUAGCCAUCAUGCAUCACUCACUCAGCAUCAAAGAGUACAUUCUGGAGAGAAACCUUAUGAAUGCAAGGAAUGUGGGAAAGCCUUUAGGCAGAAUGUACACCUUGUUAGUCAUUUGAGAAUUCAUACUGGUGAAAAACCCUAUGAAUGUAAAGAAUGUGGAAAAGCUUUUAGAAUCAGUUCGCAGCUGGCUACUCAUCAGAGAAUUCAUACUGGAGAGAAGCCUUAUGAAUGUAUUGAAUGUGGAAAUGCUUUCAAACAGAGAUCACACCUUGCCCAACAUCAGAAAACUCAUACAGGAGAGAAACCUUAUGAGUGUAAUGAAUGCGGGAAAGCCUUCAGCCAAACUUCCAAUCUUACUCAACAUCAAAGAAUUCAUACUGGAGAGAAACCCUAUAAAUGUACUGAAUGUGGAAAGGCUUUUAGUGAUAGCUCAUCCUGUGCUCAACAUCAAAGACUCCACACUGGCCAAAGGCCCUAUCAGUGUUUUAAAUGUGGGAAGGCAUUCAGAAGAAAGUUAUCCUUAAUUUAUCAUCAAAGAGGUCAUACUGGAGAAGAACCUUAA